AUGUACCAACUUGACUGCCAGCGGUUCAGCUAGCAUUACCGGACAGAGCAUUCCUACAGCUGAGAACCCUACGGCAAGAAGUCCACUUUCUUAUGCAGUUGUUUCACAACUCAUAAGCACUCAUUCUAAUCCGACCCCACUAAAAUGACGCCGUCCGGGUUUCCCCAAACGAGUUAUCCGUGUUGCCGGUGCAACUACUCCAAUGUACUACAUGGCAAGCUUUAAGUGGAAUUCAGGUCGAGCUAUUUCAUAUGAUGCGUUAUAGAUGUGGUAGAUUCGAAAGUCACGAGAUCGGUCUGCUUGUCAAACUCAGCAGUUAAUCAAUUUUGUGUCGCACCACGUACCACGCACCGCAUUACCAACAACAGCCAUGUCAGAAAUUCCAAGCGAACCACCGUCUCGAUCCUUCAAGGGCAAAGUGGCCAUUGUCACCGGAGCAGGAUGUGCAGGAGAUGGCAUUGGGAACGGGCGUGCCAUUUCUAUCCUCUUAGCUGAUGACGGCUGCAACGUCGUUUGCGUCGACAGAGACAUGUCCUGGGCGAGCAAAACCUGCGAUAUGGUAGCCACGAAACCUGGGAGGGGCGAAACUCUUGCCGUCGAGGGGGAUGUGACAUCUACUACUGAUUGCGAAAAAAUCGUACAAAUGGCAUUGGGAACAUUCGGUCGAGUUGAUAUUCUAAUCAAUAACGUGGGAAUCGCGGGAGCUGCAGGUACUGCAGUUGACGUGGACAUGGAGCAAUGGGCAAAGGGCCUCGAUGUCAACGUUUCUAGCAUGGUUCUUAUGGCUAAAUAUGCCAUUCCCGCCAUGCUCAAAAAUGAGGGAGAAAGCAAAGGUGCAAUCGUCAACAUGGGCAGCGUCGCUGGUCUUAAAGGAGGCACUCCGCACCUGUUAUAUCCGACAAGCAAAGGCGCAAUUGUCAACAUGACACGAGCGAUGGCUGCACAUCACGCAAAAGACGGAAUUCGGGUGAACUGCGUCUGCCCAGGGAUGUUGUACACACCCAUGAUGUACGCUGGUGGAAUGAGUGAAGAAGCGAGAGCUGCAAGGAAGGGAAGAAGUCUUCUCGGAACGGAAGGAAACGGCUGGGAUGCUGCUGGUGCUGUUGUCUUCCUAGCCAGUAAUCAUGCAAGAUGGAUGACUGGUGUGAUUCUGCCAGUCGACGCUGGCACCACCGCAGCUGUCGGAAUAGGAAUGACCAAGGCUGCCAGUGUCAAUGGCUAGUAUGUAUGUACUUUGAGAUAUCUUCAAUGCACUUCUUGAGAAAGGUG